AUGGCGUUGCUCGGUUUUCUGCGCCGCCUGUACUCGCUCGACACCCUUGACACCCGCUUCACCACCUCCUCGGGCACGCCUCCGAAGCAGCCUGCCGCCGAGCCAGCUAUCGACCCUGCGAAACCCACGCCCAAUGAAGCCAAGGCGUCGAGAGCCGCCGGCUCGCAGCCGUCCAGAUGGGGCACUCUCGAAUUCUACUUCUACUACUUGGUCUUCUUGACCGCCAUACCGUCCAUGUUUUAUGUCGUCUACUAUGUCUCCAAAGCUUCGCACCCCAAUUACCCCAAAAUCGAGCCUCUCCUGUCUGACGGCUGGAUACCUGGCCGGAAAGUGGACAAUUCCGACGGCCAGUACGCAUCCUUCCGCGACAACCUCCCCUAUCUCUUCGUCAUAGCUCUCGUUCACCCUAUCCUCCGCAAAACCUACGAUUACCUUUGCCGCGCCGACUCAUACACCCAGGUCCGGCCCGGCUCGACCCCCGGCGGACACCAACUUACACAAGGAUUGACGGCAUUUGCUGCCGCCGAUGCGAGGCUGGAACAACGCGUUUCUUUUGACUUUGGCUUUGCUAUCGUCUUCAUAUCUGCCCUGCAUGGCUUCUCGGCAGCCAAGGUCCUGCUGAUCCUCUAUCUCAAUUACAAAAUCACCACCACCUUGCCCCGAAGCUACGUUCCGGCUGCUGCGUGGAUAUUCAACAUCUGCACUUUGUUCUCGAAUGAGGUCUUCCGGGGUUACCCCUUCAAACAUAUUGCCGCCUUCAUCCAUGGCGGCGACGGCUCGGGCACGUGGGGAGAAUGGCUAGACAGUUGCGGAGGGCUGAACCCGCGCUGGGAGGUCCUUUUCAACAUUACCGUUCUUCGCUUGAUUAGUUUCAGCAUGGACUACUACUGGAGCUUGAAUAUGCAGGGUGGAAGUCCCAUUGAGAAGAAACAACUCGAUCCUUCCAACCUAUCCGAGCGCGACCGAGUCUCCACUCCCGCAAAGCCAACUGAUUACACAUUCCGCAACUAUGUGGCAUAUGCUUUGUAUUCCCCUCUUUACAAUGCCGGCCCGAUUCUCACCUUCAAUGACUAUAUUUCCCAACAGCGUUAUUGUGUGCCGAGUAUCACGCGUGAACGCAAUACUCGCUAUGCCAUCCGCUUCCUCCUGGCCCUCCUUGCCAUGGAGGUCAUCAUUCACUACAUCUAUGCCGUUGCAAUCUUCCAUGUCCAGCCUGAUUGGGACGCCUACACACCUUUCCAGCUCAGCAUGCUUGGGUUUUUCAACCUGCACCACAUUUGGCUAAAGCUGCUUCUUCCAUGGCGCUUCUUCCGCCUGUGGGCCCUCCUUGACAACGUUGACCCCCCUGAGAAUAUGGUUCGCUGCAUGAGCAACAACUAUAGCAUAUCCGGCUUUUGGCGUGGCUGGCACCGUAGCUACAACCGCUGGCUGAUCCGCUACAUAUUCAUCCCCUUGGGCGGUAGUGGCCACGGACGCAGCAUCUUCUCCGUCAUGCUCACAUACCUCGCCAUCUUCACUUUCGUCGCUCUUUGGCAUGACAUCCAGCUACGCCUGCUCAUGUGGGGCUGGCUCAUCACAUUCUUUGUCGCCCCUGAGAUGAUUGCCACUCUCCUCUUCCCCAAGCGCAAAUGGGCCAACCGCCCCAACGCCUACCGCGUCUUGUGCGGAGUCGGCGCUGUUGCUCAGAUUCUCUUCAUGAUGGCCGCGAACUUGGUUGGCUUUGCUGUUGGGCUGGACGGCCUGGAGGGACUGGCCAGAGGCAUUUUUGGGUCAGCGUCCGGAUUGACCUUUUUUGCUUUGGCGUGCGGCGCGCUGUUUGUCGGUGUGCAGAUCAUGUUUGAGAUCAGAGAAGAAGAGCUGAGAGCAGGUAUUAAGAUGAAGUGUUGA